CAGUGCUUGCCUCUGCUAAUACCAUGAAACGACUUUUUCAGACUAUAUCCCUCCUCGCUGUCCUCGCUCUAUCGACGGGCUUGGCUUUGGGACUCACAUAUGCGCCUUGCUAUGCAACCAUCUGCCCAGAAUCUUAUCUUGCACGCCCAACUCGAGUACAUAUCGCCACCUUCUAUGCCUUCCUAGCAAUUACUGCGUGUUUCUUAUACAUCCGCGCCGUGUCUCCCAGGGUUCAACACAUCAGCAACUACUACCUGGUGUGGCAUGAGUUGCCUGUAUUGAAAAGACGAGUCAGCCUUGGGGGUCUCGCGCUGGGAAUAUGGAUUGUCGGCGUGAACGUGGGAACCACAUGGAUCUGGUUUCAGCCUCUUCUUGGAUAUUGGGGUCUGAGAACUGACCCCUACGGCUGGGUGUUGGCGCAGAUGCGCCUGACCAUUACAGGCGUGAUAGGACACCAUGCCGACAUCCUCUUAGGCCUCGUCAUUAUUCCUGUCUCGAGGAACAGCAUCCUCGGUCAGGUGUUCCAGCUACAUCAAAGCACGUUGUUAUAUGCGCACAAAUUGAUCGCAUACUUGCUCUUCGCAGCCACCUUCGCACAUGCAAUGACCUACUUUAGCUUUGUCGGUUGGCUUGAUCCCGUCUGGGGACACUGGUCAUCCGAUUCAGCACAAUACGUGCC